AUGAGCGGCCUAGUCUCACCCACGGAAAGCCUCACUAUCCGCCUCAUACCCCCCGAAGAGACGCACUUCCUGCGACAUGCCGUUCUGUGGCCCACCGUGCCCCUGUCAGCGCAGGCGCAACCCUACGACGCCUCGCCAACGAUUCACCUCGGCGCGUUUCACUCCUCCAGUCCCUCUCCCAUUGGCGUCCUCACAUUAGUGCCGGCACACUGCACAUGUUCGCCAGAAUAUGGGGUGCAGCUGCCCAAGUUUGCCGUCUCGACCGAGUGGCAGGGGCGCGGCGUGGGCGGCGCGAUGCUCGCGGCUGCCAUCCAGUACGCGGCCGGUGCCGUGCAGCUCGACGCGCGUUUAGAUCAAAGGGCGUUCUAUGAGAAGCGGGGCUUCGCGGCGCUGAGCUCCCAGACGUUCACCAAGUGCGGGCCGGGCGGUGCGGGCCCGCCCAUCGAGUACGUACGCAUGAGAAGAACAAGGAUUCAUGAUGUCUAGGGAUUAAAAAAACCGCCAUGUGCGUUAGAACUCCAUAACCUCAAUCGAAUCCUCUUCUUCGCUAUCACUGUCGUCGCCCGAGUCGUCAUCGUCGGGCACAGGUGGGUUCUGGACGGCACCACG